AUUAUCCAAAAACCAUUACAAAAAAAAAUGGAGAAUAAGAAGAACAACGAUGGAGGAGAAGAAGUUUCCAUUGACGGAGACAUACUCGAGUCAAUCCUCUCCCAUUUACCACUCCUCGACCUCGAUUCCGCUUGCCAAGUGUCCAAAUCAUGGAACCGCGCAGUCUUCUUCUCCCUCCGCCGCCUUAAAACCAUGCCGUGGUUGUUCGUUUACAAUCAGAGAAAUUCUCCGCCGUAUACCAUGGCGGCGACGACGGUGGCUUACGAUCCGAAGUCCGAUGCAUGGAUCGAGAUCAAAACCGUAUCAACUCCAGUCGAAUACGUCUCCGUUGCUCGAUCCUCUCACUCCACGUUGCUCUACGCUUUAUCUCCGGCGAAAUUCUCUUUCUCAAUCGACGCGUUUCAUCUGACUUGGCGACAUGUGGCACCACCGAGAGUGUGGAGGAUCGAUCCAAUUGUCGCCGUCGUUGGACGGAACUUAGUCGUUGCCGGUGGCGUGUGCGAUUUCGAGGAGGAUAGAUUCGCCGUGGAGUUGUUCGACAUGGAAUCCAGCGACGGCGAGUGGGAGAGAUGCGAAUCGAUGCCGGAUUUUCUCUACGAAUCCGCGUCCGCCACGUGGCUUUCCGUCGCGGUGAGUUCGGAGAAGAUGUACGUGACGGAGAAGAGAUCAGGCGUUACGUGUAGUUUCGAUCCAGAAACUAGAUCGUGGACGAAGGUUCCCGAUCUCUGUCCCGGCGAGUAUAUUUUAUACUCCCGUUCGAUUGGAUUCGCCGGUAACAGUCUAAUCAUGGCUGGGAUCAUCGGAAAUGAAGAUAAUCCGACGGGAAUCGAAUUGUGGGAAGUUAUAGUUUCCGACGAAUCUUUGAUGAGUUUGAAAUUCGAAUUGAUCGGAUCUAUGCCUAAGACGUGUUUGGAUAAGCUCAGAGGAAUUGAUUCUGAUUGGCCGUUAACGUCCAUAGCGUUGAACGCGGUGGGAGAUAUGGUUUAUAUACACGAUGCGGCGGAGAACGGCGGAGAGAUUGUGGCGGCGGAGAUUGAUGGAGGAAAGCUUUGUAAGUGGAGGACUUUGCCAAACGCAGACGCUACUUGGAAUAAAAGUCACGUGGGUGAGAGAGUUAUCGUUGCGUGUUCAAACGUUGGUUUUAGCGAUUUAAAACUUGCGUUUAGGAAUCAUUUUGGUUUCUCAACGUCAAAAUAAUAUUAAAUUCAAAGUUUCUUG